AUCCUACACCAGCCCACCUGCGUGCGGGCAAACCGCAUUCCAUAAAUACCGGUUCGCCAGUCUUCUCUCACUGCCAGAAACCAUCGCACCCACGCCAUCCACAUAACCACCAACACCAGAAUCCUCGAAUUCCAGCUCAAUUCCGUACUCCACGCCCUCACAACAACCAACGCCGCCAUCAUGCCUUUCACCGCAAGCCAAGCUAACCCGGUCCCCGCACCCAACAGCGACCUCAUCAAAAUCAUCUUCGCCAUCAUCCUGCCUCCCCUAGGCGUCUUCCUCGAGCGCGGCUGCAACGCCGAUUUCCUCAUCAACAUCCUGCUCACAUGCCUGGGCUACAUCCCCGGAAUCAUCCACGCUCUGUACAUCAUACUUAAAUUCUAAACCGAAAUAUCGAGCGUCGAUGGGGUGGAUACGGAACAGCGAACCACGAUACCCUUUUUUCCUCCUCCUUCUUCUUCUUCUUAAGUCGAUCCUUUGAUGAAUCGCUCGUAAUGAUAUCUUGAUGACACUAGCAAGUCGUCGACUGCGAUGGCUCAUACCUUACUACUAUGCACCCGCCGGCUUUUGGGGUGGUGUCAUU